AUGGCCAGUGCGACAGGUAGUAAUACUAUUAAUGGGACUCUACAGAAUUCCAAGACCCGAAAUGGCAAAUGGCAGAGCCCUGACCACGUGAAAAAUGGAAUCCCAAAAGAAGCCCAGCAAAAGAGGAAGCCACAUUAUUGGGAUAAGUCCAUCUCUCAGGCCCACCCAGAGCCACCACUUUAUACCAUCAUUUUAACUCACAUGGGAUAUGCAAUUGGAACCCUAUUUGGCUAUCUCAGAGACUUUAUGAGAAAAAAGGGAAUAGAAAAAUGCAACGCAGCUGUAGAGAGAAAAGAACAAAAAGAUUUUGUGCCACUGUAUCAGGACUUCGAGAACUUUUAUAAGAGGAAUCUGUACAUGAGAAUCAGAGACAACUGGAGUCACACCGUCUGCAGUUCCCCGGAGCCCUACUUUGAUAUGAUGGAGAAAGUCUCUGAUGACUAUAACUGGACAUUCAGGCAUACUGGAAGAGUUAUCAAAAAUGUCAUCAACAUGGCUUCCUACAACUACCUUGGACUUGCAGUCAAAUAUGAUGAGUCGAUGAAGACAGUUAAGGAUAGUUUAGAAACAUAUGGUGUGGGUGUGGCCAGCACCAGAUGUGAAAUGGGUACCUUGGAUAUACACAAGGAGCUGGAAGACCUCAUGGCUAAGUUCUUGAAUGUAGAAGCAGUGAUGGUCUUUGGCAUGGGAUUCGCAACCAAUGCAAUGAAUAUACCUGUAUUUGCUGGAAAAGGAUGCCUCAUUUUAAGUGAUGAGAUGAACCACACAUCUAUCGUCCUGGGGGCUCGACUCACAGGUGCAACCAUAAGACCCUUCAAACACAACAAUGCACAGAGCCUAGAAAAGCUCCUGAGAGAAGCUAUCAUCCGUGGCCAGCCACGCACAGGCAGAGCUUGGAAAAAAAUUCUCAUCUUGGUAGAGGGCAUCUACAGCAUGGAAGGUUCCAUCGUGAUCCUGCCCCAAAUAGUGGCUCUAAAGAAGAAAUACAAGGCAUACCUCUACAUCGAUGAAGCUCACAGUAUUGGCGCUGUAGGCUCCAACGGCCAAGGUGUCAGAGACUUCUAUGGACUGGACCCUGAUGAUAUCGAUGUAUACAUGGGAACAUUCACCAAAAGCUUUGCAGCCACAGGAGGCUAUAUAGGUGGGAAAAAGGAAAUCGUGGAUUAUGUACGGACUCAGUCACAUAGUGGUGCUUAUGCUACGUCCAUGAGUCCUGUCAUAGCAGCGCAAACCAUCAGAUCAUUGAAGAUCCUUAUGGCAUAUGGAAUGGAUUUGGGUGGCUGGGAUAGAGUAAAGCAACUUGAAACUAACAUAAAAUACUUCCGCAAGCGGCUGAUAGAAAUGGGAUUCAUCCUCUAUGGCAAUGACAACUCUCCCAUCGUCCCCGUUCUCCUUUACAUGCCUGCCAAAGUAGCUGCUUUUGCAAGGUAUUUGCUUAAGAAAAAAAUCGGGGUGGUAGUUGUUGGAUUUCCUGCUACUGCCCUCGCAGAAAGUCGAGCCAGGUUCAGCAUUUCAUCAGCACAUACUCGGGAAAUGUUAGACACGGUUUUGGAAGUCCUGGAUAAACUCGGUGACCUCGUAAAUGUGAAAUAUUUCCCAUACAAAAAGUCAGGACGUGCUGUGCCCUAUGCUGAGAAGAGUUCUGACAAUGAAGCAAGCUUUGAUGAGAUGAGCCCCGAACCUGAAGCGUAAGUUUCCU